UAUCAGAUCAAAGAUGGAUUGCUGUACAGCCGUCGAGCGAGAAAUAGAUAAAGUAUUGUCGAAAUUCACGUGUCUUCAAGACCAUACCAACCGAACGAUUGGCGAACUUAUUAAUUCUAUUCAAAGUAUUCGAAAUGAACUCUUAGAAGUGCCGGAUGACCAAGAGCUGACCGCGACCCAAGCUUUGAUUCUGUCGCAGAGUGUCAAGCGAAUACGAGAGGCUGUGUCGAGAAUGAGCACAGAACACAAAGACCUGCAUGGUUCCGUGUCCAAAGUUGGAAAGGCAGUUGACAGGAAUUUUGUGUCAGACUUCUCUGUUAUAACAACUGAUGGUGCGUUUGACGGAGAAACAAAAAUCAAACUUCUCAAUGAAGUCAUUGCUGAGCAUUUUUUGAGACAAGGUAUGCUGGAUGUCGCAGAAGCACUCAAUGAGGAUGCAAUGCUGCAUUUAGAUAAUGCGAGGAAGGAACCAUUUCUUGAACUACACAGGAUCCUUGGGGCACUGAAGGUGCAGGAUCUUAGACCCGCUUUGGAAUGGGCAGAAGCAAACCGUCAGAAACUCAUGGAACAAAACAGCUCGCUUGAGUUUAAGCUGCACAGACUUUAUUUUGUUGAUCUGAUCCGACGAGGGCCAGAAAACCAGGUGGAAGCACUGAUGUACACCAGAAACUUUGCCCCGUUCGCGAAUCAGCAUGUUAGAGAGCUGCAAAUUCUGAUGGGGAGUCUGCUGUACCUGAAGCAGGGUUUGGAGAACUCCCCGUACGUGACGCUGCUGGAUCCGAUCUACUGGGAGGAGAUCUGCGACGUCUUCACGCGAGACGCCUGCAGUCUAAUGGGGCUGUCCGUGGAGAGUCCCCUCAGUGUCAGUAUUCGAGCAGGAUGUCAUGCAUUACCUCCCUUGCUGAGUAUUCGCCAGGUGAUGAACGAGAGACGAGUACCGGGGGUGUGGGCUAACAAAGACGAACUACCCGUUGAAAUCGACAUGGGCAUGGAGUACAUAUACCACUCGACGUUUGCGUGUCCGAUCCUCCGCCAGCAGAGCACGGACAACAACCCCCCGCUGAGACUGGUGUGUGGUCACGUCAUCUCGCGCGAUGCUCUCAACAAACUCGCCAACGGAAACAAAGUGAAGUGCCCUUACUGCCCAGUGGAGCAAUUGCCAUCAGAAGCAAAACAAAUCUUUUUCUAAAAAAAAACCCUCAUCUGUCUAAACAUCUCGUCCUUCACUGUUCUUUUCAGUUUAUAUUACUGCAUGCAUGUUACUGCGUUACGCUAGCAUGCUCAUACUUGAAGGAUAUAUGUCAAAACAUUUACUUUCCACCCAAUUGUGACUUCAGUUUUUUAUUUGUGAUCCCAUCGAAACAGGGCUGUCCUGAACAAUUGUAUGGAAUUUGUUUUAUGAGGUGUAUUUUUUAAAAUUUAUUUUUUGCAUUACAUGGCCUGAAGAUUAGAUAUUUUAAUGUUCGUGUGUUUGUUUCCUAGUCUUGCAGAAUUGUAUUUAUGAAACAUUUUAAUGUACUGUGAUUUAGAAAGCUACUAAUCUUUUGCAUAUGAGAGUAGCUACCAUGAUGUGUUACAUUUAGAAUUUCGGUGUUGUAUAUGUGUGAUACAUAGGGGAAGAGUAAUUUAUGUAUGACAUUUGUAAAUAAUGUUAUCAUUUGACAGUUACUGGAUAUGUUGAAACCUUUGAUAUCGUGGAGAUGAAUGGGCAUUAUGAAAUUGUAGACGCGUGACAUGUAAUAAUGGUUUGGGGGAGUGGUAAAAGCAUGGUUUAUUUGGCUUCAUCUCAGUUGUAAAGUGACAAUAAAGCUGGUUUGAAAGGUCAUUUCAAAAUAUUUCCAAUUGUGUGUGUGUUAUUAAAAUACCAAGUUUGAUGACAAUGUUUUUAGAAUUAUUUUCUCUUUCUUAUUUAUCCGAUACUACCUUUUUGUCAGAUUUUGCAUACUGUUAUCUUUAAUAGGUCUGAGAAUGCAUUUAAACCACAGUACAUUAAUUUUAAUUUGAAGUUUUGAAAGACCAUUAUUUUGAAGAAAAUUACUAUUUUAUUUUUGUCAACUCGCUCAUUUUAAUUCACUUUACUAUGUUCUCAGUAAAUAAGAUGCUUUGGGUUUUGGGGGGGGGGGGGGGGGGGGGGAUGAAAGUCUGAAUGCAGAAGUCCAGUUUAGGUGAUCUUAGACUGGUGAUGACAUAAUAAUGUACAGAAUUGUUUAGGGGUGGGGUUGGAAAUUGGUGGUUAUGUACGAGAGAUGACUUCAUUAUAGGUAGUUGUAUGUUGUGAUAUUUGGAAUGUAAAUCUUUGUGGUGUCAUAAAAACAGUUGUGUCAUUUUGUUUUAUAACUUAAACCUCUGGAACUAUAUGACAUUUAUGUUGUGUCAUUGUUUUGUGUGGGUUUUUUUAUUAUUAUUAUUAUUUUUAAUACAGUGGAACCUCGUUAGUCUGGACUCCAGUAUAUAUAUAUAUAUAUAUAUAUAUAUAUAUAUAUAUAUA